AUGGACGCGCUGGCCCGGGCGCUGCUGCUGCCGCUGCUGGCCCAGUGGGUCCUGCGCGCGGCGCCGGCGCUGGCCCCCGCGCCCUUCGCGCUGCCCCUCCGGGUGGCCGCGGCCGCCAGCCGCGGAGCCGCGUCUCCUCCCGGGCCCGGGGCCCCCGAUGCGCCCCGCGCCGCGCCGCGCGCCGACGGCCUGGCGCUCGCCUUGGAGCCCGCGGGGGGCUCGGUCAACUUCCUGGCCAUGGUGGACAACCUGCAGGGCGACUCCGGCCGCGGCUACUACCUGGAGAUGCUGAUCGGGACGCCCCCGCAGAAGCUGCAGAUCCUGGUGGACACCGGAAGCAGUAACUUCGCAGUGGCGGGCGCCCCGGACGCCUUCAUCGACUCCUACUUCGACGCCGACCGGUCCAGCACCUACCACCCCAAGGGCUUCGACGUCACGGUGAAGUACACGCAGGGCAGCUGGACCGGCUCGGUGGGGGAGGACGUGGUCACCAUCCCGAAGGGCCUCAACAGCUCUUUUCUUGUCAACAUCGCCACGAUUUUUGAGUCAGAGAAUUUCUUCUUGCCUGGGAUCAAAUGGAAUGGGAUCCUCGGGCUUGCUUACGCCACCUUGGCCAAGCCGUCAAGUUCCCUGGAGACUUUCUUCGACUCCCUGGUGGCCCAGGCGGGGAUCCCCGACCUGUUCUCCAUGCAGAUGUGCGGGGCAGGCUUGCCCGUGGCCGGAUCCGGUACCAACGGAGGUAGUCUUGUCCUGGGCGGAAUUGAGCGGAGCCUGUACAAGGGAGACAUCUGGUACACCCCCAUUAAGGAGGAGUGGUACUAUCAGAUAGAAAUUCUGAAGCUGGAGAUCGGAGGCCAGACCCUUAAUCUGGACUGCAGAGAGUACAACGCGGACAAGGCCAUCGUGGACAGCGGCACCACGCUGCUGCGCCUGCCCCAGAAGGUGUUCGACGCGGUGGUGGAAGCCGUGGCCCGCACGUCGCUGAUUCCAGAAUUCUCGGAUGGUUUCUGGAUGGGGUCCCAGCUGGCAUGCUGGACGAAUUCUGAAACCCCGUGGUCCUACUUCCCUAAGAUCUCCAUCUACCUGCGAGACGAGAACUCCAGCAGGUCCUUCCGCAUCACCAUCCUGCCUCAGCUCUACAUCCAGCCCGUGACGGUGGCCAGCCUGAGCUACGAGUGCUACCGCUUCGGCAUCUCGCCCUCGGCCAACGCGCUGGUGAUCGGCGCCACGGUGAUGGAGGGCUUCUACGUGGUCUUCGACAGAGCGCGGAAGAGGGUGGGCUUCGCGGCCAGCCCCUGUGCAGAAAUUGCAGGUGCUCCCGUGUCGGAAAUUUCCGGGCCCUUUUCAACAGAGGACCUGGCCAGCAACUGCGUGCCCACCCUGCCUCUGCACGGGCCCGUGCUGUGGAUCAUCUCCUACGCGCUGAUGAGCGUGUGCGGGGUCAUCCUCCUGGUCUUAAUCAUCCUGCUGCUGCUUCCGUCGCGGUGCCGGCACCUCCCCCGGGACCCCGAGGUUGUCAAUGAUGAGUCCUCUCUCGUCCGGCAUCGCUGGAAGUGAAGAGCUGCGCCUGGGCGUGGGCGACCGUGAACUCAGCCGUGGAGCCGGCUCAGUGUCACGAGCAGCAGGCGGGGUUAUGAGGCGAGGCUCCCACCUGGGUCCGCUCGUCUCACGCCUCCGUUCUGCUCCCGGCUGCCUUCCAGAUUCACUGUAUUUUGAUUCUUGAUUUAAAACUUCUUCUUUUUCCCUACGUCCAAGAAAAAUGACAAUAAAAAGAACCUCAUUCUCAACAAAAACAGAGUGAAUGGGCUUCGGGCUGUAUGUAGCUGGUUUGGCCUCACUCUCCAGGCUUGGCACCAAAACAGGGGCCCCGGCCAACCCAGCCCUCUCCUUGCGUCUCUGGAGAAAUGAGUGUUUAGAGCUUGUGAUUCUGCUUAGUUCCUUCAUGGGAAGCUUUUUGUAUUAAUCGCGUGUAAGGAUAUUUUGUACUGACCUCACCCUGGGUCAGAGCGGUCCAAGAAGUUUCGAGACAUGACGGCAGGAGCAGCCGCCGGGGCUGAUGCCGUGACCACCGGCCCUGUUCUGGGCCAGACACCGCUCGGGCCCCUGGUGGCCGAGUCCACUGGGUGGAGCUCAUCGCCGGGCGGCCUUCGCAGCCUCUCCGGAGCCAGCAAGCCUCGUCCACCGCCCCGGAGCGCGCCCGACGCGUCCUCAGCAGGGCGGGCAUCGUGUACGACGCUACCUCGUGGAGACGCCACGCCGGCUCCGUGCCCGUGGGGUGCAGGCCCUGGCUCCCGCGGGGCCCGCACCUGAAGGGUCCAGCCUCCAGCAGGUGAGACGUGACAUGUGCUGAAGGGCACCUGGGCCGGAGAAGCCGCGCCCCGCACCCCCGGGGACGGUCACUGCCCUGAUUCUUACUGGAAAUCAAUAAACACUGUUUUAAGGA